UUAUUUGUCGGUCUUUAACUCUUAUUCUCCGACUCCAUCUUACUGUCACUAAAAUCCUCAUCAUAGAAGAACAGAUCAACAUUUUCCAAUCAGCUUUUUCAAAAUCUCAGAUUGCAACAAUCCUCACUCACUCCGAAUGCAGCAACUGCAUGUUACGUAGAUUCUUUUUGUCUUCACUUCACAAGCACUCAACAAAGGGGGCCCCUUUAAUUAUUGGCACCAUCAAUCAUAAGCUCCCUUGCUAUUAGUGCCUCAAAAGGAUCGAUUUUUAUGGAUUCUCGAUCGAAUCGAACACAUGGGUCGCUCUGAAUCCUCGAUUCGGCUCUGAAUUGUGGACGCAACCGCCGAAAGAUGCGGCGACGGGCCGCCGAUUUUCGGCGCCCGGUUCGACGGAGGUUCUCUUAUUGGAUCUGGGUUCUCCUUGGUUUGUCCUCUGUUGUAGGGUUAGUCUUGUUCGUUGUGCAUCAUAAUCAGAAUGAAGAUCGGGACGAGUACCCCUUGCUGGAGAGAAAUGCUAGACUUGAACAUUUUGCUAAGGAGAGUUUGAAUUUUACUGAAGAAAUUUUAAGUGUAAAAUCAUUUUCACGACAGUUAACCCAACAAAUGAUUCUUGCCAAGGCUUAUGUAGUUAUUGCCAAAGAGCACAACAAUCUUCACCUUGCUUGGCAGCUUAGCGCAAAGAUCAGAGGCUGCCAGCUUUUGCUUUCGAAAGCUGCGAUGACAGGGGAGCCUGUAACACUGGAGGAAGCAGAGCCAAUUAUUAAAAGCCUUUCUUCUCUAAUUUUUAAGGCACAAGACAUUCAUUAUGACAUUGCAACCACAAUAGUGACUAUGAAAUCGCAUAUUCAAGCUCUUGAAGAGCGUGCCAAUGCAGCCACGGUUCAAAGUACCGUGUUUGGUCAAAUAGCAGCCGAGGGGUUACCGAGGAGUCUUCAUUGCUUAAAUGUGAAACUCAUGUCUGAUUGGCUAAAGAAGCCAUCUCUGAAAGCACUCUCAGAUGAAAAGAAAAACUCGCAGCGGCUUGUGGACAACAAUCUUUAUCAUUUCUGCAUAUUUUCAGAUAAUGUACUGGCAACCUCAGUAGUUGUUAAUUCAACUGUCUCCAAUGCUGACCAUCCAAAGCAGUUAGUCUUUCACAUAGUCACUGAUGGAGUCAAUUAUGGAGCAAUGCAAACAUGGUUCCUCAGUAAUGACUUUAAAGGGGCCACCAUAGAGGUACAGAAUAUUGAGGAGUUUCAGUGGUUGAAUGCAAGUUAUUCUCCUAUUGUCAAGCAGCUCCUGAAUCCAGACUCAAAAACCUUUUAUUUUGGGCUAUAUCAGGAUGCAAAUGUCGAACCGAAAAUGCGGAAUCCCAAAUUUUUGUCUUUAUUGAAUCAUCUUCGGUUUUACAUCCCCGAGAUUUAUCCGCAACUUGAGAAGGUUGUUUUCUUGGAUGAUGAUGUUGUUGUACAGAAGGACCUGACUCAGCUUUUCUCACUGGAUCUGCAUGGCAAUGUAAAUGGUGCAGUGGAAACUUGCCUUGAAGCAUUUCAUCGGUACUACAAAUAUCUCAACUUCUCAAACUCAAUUAUAAGCUCAAAGUUUGACCCUCAGGCAUGUGCAUGGGCAUUCGGUAUGAACAUUUUUGACUUGGUUGCAUGGAGGAAGGCGAAUGCGACCGCCAAAUAUCAUUACUGGCAAGAGCAGAACGCUGAUGGGACACUCUGGAAGCUUGGGACUCUUCCUCCUGGUCUUCUAUGUUUUUAUGGUCUGACAGAGCCACUUGACAGAAGAUGGCAUGUUUUAGGAUUGGGUUAUGACCUUAAUAUUGAUAACCGCCUGAUUGAAAGUGCGGCGGUCAUUCACUUCAACGGGAACAUGAAGCCAUGGCUGAAGUUUGCUAUAGGCAGGUAUAAGCCACUAUGGGACAAGUACAUAAAUCAAAGUCACCCUUAUCUGCAAGACUGUGCCACAAGUUGAAAUGCACUACUUCUCUAUGCUUAUGGAAUUCUGCAACCCCAGAUAUUUUGAACUCAUUGAUCUGUGGUUUCCUUACUGUAGAGCCAGAAGUAGGAAAUUUUGACUUUGCUAGGAUUUUUUCUUAUUAUUUUUUAUUUUUCUUUACCUUCAUCCCCCUGCUAUCAGUCUUGACAUUGAAAGAGAACAAAAAUGAUUUCUUAUACACUAGAAAGUUCAUAUGUCAUAGGGGAAGAGAUGUGGGAGAAUACAUUUUUUUGGUUAGUGGGGGCUUUCUUUUCCCCUUCUGCAAGUAGUAGAAUGAUUGGUUCGUUAGUAAUUCUUGUAAUAAUUUAUUUUAUCACCUCUUUCAAAUGACAAAUAGUGAUGUAAUUGAAUUGAAACAAUUUUUUUACUCAUCUCCUCAUGCUUUAUGAGAUCCUUACAGUAACUUGAUGAAUCCUGCAA